AUGAAUUGGACAGCUAUCAGCUACGCUUUGGUCGUGUUAAUUUUCCUUACGCUCUCUGGGAGCUAUUCCGCAGAUGCACGACCCAGCCAACGGUAUCGUUCUCGAAAAUUAGUUUCAUCAGAUGAUUUUUUAAAUGGACAAACUUCAUCGGCGUCAAGCGAGGUGCUUCCUGGUCGCUUCCUUGUUAAACUGCGCUCGAGCAGUAAUAGAGUCGCAGGGCGGAAGUCCGGCCCGUCCCUGGACAGUGCGCAGUCAAUCGUGGAUACACUCAGAAAGCAACGGGUUGAGGUUCGAGUUGUGCAAAAGUACGAAGUGGCGUUCAAGGGUUUCAGCCUGGAGACCGAUGAUAUCGACGCCACUCUUGAGGCGCUUGAUGAGGCAAAUGGAGUGUUAUCUGUAUACCCAGUGGUGCUGAUACCCCCCCCUGAGGCAGCCAACAUCAUGAGAAUUGAUCCCGCAACUUUGUUUGGCGACUAUGCUGCAAAUUCAUCUGCGACUGGCAGCGUCAGCACCACGCUUGCAUCGUUGGGCUUCCCGCGGCUGUCUGGAGCUGAUGUUAGGGUUGCCGUAAUCGACACCGGAGUGGAUCCCAUGCACCCCGCUUUCCGGAAUGCUGGCGGGACACGCAUCGCGUUCCGUCGGGGUUUCGUACCUGACAACUACGUGGCGGGCGGCAUUCCAGAAGAAUCCGACAACGUGAACGACUGUAUGGGCCACGGCACCCACGUGGCGGGGAUCAUCGCGGGCAGCUUCAGCAGCUCCAGGUUCAGCUAUUCGGGCAUUGCGCCGGGGGUCACCUUGGGCGCGUACAAGGUGUUUGGCUGCAACGGCAGUACGACAAAUGAAGUCAUCAUAGCGGCGCUCGACAAGGCAGCUAAGGACCAGAUGCAGAUCAUAAAUUUGUCGAUUGGCAUUCCGGGCACGUGGGGCGGGUUGGUGGCUGCAGCCGUCGACCAGCUGGCGCAGCGGGGGGUGCUGGUGGUUUCGUCCGUGGGGAACGAGGGCGCGUCAGGUCUCUUCCUUCCCACCUCCAUUGCCAACACGGCGGCUGCUAUCGCCGUCGGCAGCACUGACUCCGCUGCGGUUCCCUCCGUCGUACGGAUGCGCAUUACCAGCUCCAAUGGCGUCGACUAUGUGCUGUACACGCGUGCGGCGUACGGCAACCUCGGCGGCCUUGCGAACGCGCCAUUGCAGCCAUUCCCCGCUACCGUCACCGGUUGCCAAGCCGCCGAGCUCGGGGACUUAAGUGGUACGGUAGCGAUGCUGACGGCGGCGGGAUGCGACGCCACCGUCAAGGCCGCCAAUGCCGCGCUUGCCGGAGCCGUCGGCGUCGUACUGUACGGCGAUACAGCAGCUCUUGGCAGCCUUGUACGUGUGCCCUACUCGUGGCCGCUGCCGAGCUUCAGCGUGCCAGUGCUGGCGGUGACGCUGGAUGCCGCCACUACCCUUCCACCGGUCACUGACGGGUCCAGAAGCGAGGAAGUGGAUCUCGUUCCAAACGAACCGGAGCCGGCCAUAGCUCCUCCGCUUGACCAACCGCCACCAAGUCUUCAACCGCCCAGCCAGCCGGACCCACAGGAUAACCAACCACCCAGCCAACCGCAGGCCAACUACCCACCACCCAGCCAACCGCAGGCCAACUACCAACCACCCAGCCAACCGCAGGCCAACUACCCACCACCCAGCCAACCGCAGCCCAACUACCAACCACCCAGCCAACCGCAGGCCAUCUACCCACCACCCAGCCAACCGCAAGCCAACUACCCACCACCCAGCCAACCGCAAGCCAACUACCCACUACCCAGCCAACCGCAGGCCAACUACCCACCACCCAGCCAACCGCAUGCCGACUACCCACCACCCAGCCAACCGCAGGCCAACUACCCACCAUCCACACCUUCCAUUCCAAGCCCGACAGAAUCCAACACCGCCUCGAGCGCUCAUCUCUCCGAUGCCGUAAACAGCGAAAUCCUUAGCGAAGCCGCGACCAGCGGUAGCGAUAGCGAUGGCGACGUGACUGGCGGCGUGAGGCGUCGUGGACGUCGGCUGACACAGGACUGGCAACAGUUGACGAUUGUGGAAAUUAGCGGCUCUCCAGUAUCUGCUUCAUCCUCCUGGGGCCCCGGCCCGGACCUCCGAAUGAAGCCCUCCGUAAUGGCACCUGGGGGAUUAGUCUUGGGUCCUGCGCCUGGCACCGUACCCGGCUCCACCUCCUCGGGCUACUUUGCCUACCGCUCCGGAACAUCGCAAUCCGCUCCCUACGUGUCGGGCGCGCUAGCUCUCCUGCUUGAGGCAGGCAGAAUUCGGAACCAGGCGAUUACUGCCGCACAAGUGGCCAGGGCGCUAUCCAUCACGUCGCGCCCCGUCUUCGACCGUAACGCCAGUAGCGCCGCCCUCUCCGCCUCUCCCGCGAACUCUCCCAUCCCCUCUCCUGCGCCAGCCGCCACUACCAGCGCAUUGCGCGUGGGCUCUGGUUCCGUCGACAUCGCAGGCCUGCUGACCAACCGCUUCGAUGUGUCCCCGGCGCAAAUCGAACUCGGGUCGAACUUGACCUUCGGUAGCAGCUUUAGCGUUUGGCUUGACGUCUCUAUGGAUCGAACCGGGCUUCAGCCGGUCCUCUUGCAAUUCGGCCACCAGGCAGCGGCAUCAAUCAGUUCAUCGGACCUCAUGGUGGUGAACAAGGCCCCCGUCGGGCCCUUCAACAACCGGAGCGCAGCACCUUUUGACCCGGUCUACUCGCCUGUGACGGCAUCCGUGACAUUCGCCUCGUCGCGCGUUAGCAACAUCGCCAAUAUGACGGUGCCUGCGGGUGGCAAUAUACGGCUGCGGGUAACUUUCACCUUGCCCAGCCCGCGCUCUUCCCAACCGGCUCCAAUAUUCUUCUCCGGAUACAUCAUCCUCCGCCCCGUCAGCAGCCCCGAUCCCAACACGCCGACGCAAGCCCCGCUCACUGUGCCGUACCUCGGCUUCAGCAGCUCCUUCAGCAGCCUUCCCGUGCUCGUUACGGCGGGUAUCAGUACGUCGAACGGCGGCUGGCUUUGGGAUGACCGUCCAACCUUGGAUGAUGGAAUCAAAGGUAGCGCGGUGGUCGCGCCGCCACCGCGGCCAUUGCCGCCACCACCGCCGAGUGUUGACUGGAUCUUCGGUCUGGAUGCGUACGACACGUUCCCGCCGCCGGCGGAGUACGAACCGCCGUCCCCGCCUAGAGCGUUGCCGGUCAGCCCCGGUCUCACGUUCCGCCGCGACUCGAUGUUGCCUAGUUUGGCACUGUUUAUCCAGCGGCCGACAGCAGGCCGUGACAUCCAGCUGUGGCGAGCUUCUGAAUGGGUGGGUACGGGCGUGAAGAUGGGGACCAUCCGCAUUGCCGGAGGAACUCUACCUCGCGUCAGUAACGACGGCCCGUUGAUUAUAAAUUGGGAUGGACGAUACUUCGACGACUCGUCACCUACAAGGGGCUUUAAUGUACCGCCUGGGAAGUACUUUAUCGUGGUGAGGCUGACCCGUGGGUCAGCGCUAUCGGUUCAAGAGGCGACCAGCACCGUGGAUGUGUGGCAGAGUCCGCUGUUCGAGCUGGUGUGA